GGUUGCCACUGUGGCAGUCGCUAUCGCUAUUUGACGUUUACAAGUGGCAACGCUCUGCGCCAACAAACCUAUUGGUGUUGCCACUCCACUCAAUUGCAGCUCUCAUAUGUUACUAAGAACAAGACAAGAGAAUCGCAGCGACAACAAAGUAAGGCAACCGAAUUACCUCGCUAGGCAUAGAAAAAAAUAAUCAAGGGGUAUGACAUUGAAAUGGCUGGAUUUUUAAGAACAAGAAAACGGAGCCGUGAAGAUGAUUUGCCUUGCGAAUCUACGCCACUGUCAAAGCGCAUCAAUAACCUGCAUUUAAACUAUGACGAUGGGAAUAGCAGCAGCAGCAGCAACUGCAGUAUUCCAACUCUAAUCAAUGACAACAAUAACUACGUACUGCCGACGAUAUCAGGCGGAGGAGUCGGGUGUGGGGUUGGACCAGCUGAGGUGAUAGGAGUCGGAUAUGAAUAUAAUCCGGAGCUAAAUGCGGAUCAAAACCCAUAUUACUAUGCAAAAAACAAAGUGUUGUAUGACUUGCACGUUGAACGUGUCAAGCGCAGCAAUCAUUAGUUUGAAAGACAUAUUUUAUGUGCAUGCACAAGUGUGUGUGGAUAUCAAGUCUGCUUUAUUUUACAGUGAAAAGUGAAAAGUAAAAAUAAAAACAAAAACAAAAACAAUUAAAUCUCAUAUGAAAUACAAACAUUUAAAUACAUGCUAUAAUCGAAUCAGGAAUAAGCAAAACUGAUACUCAGUUGCCUUAUCCAUUCGUAUACAGAAUGAAAUUUUAUAGAUUAUAGUGCCAAUAAUUCAAGGAAAAUCUCAGAUGGAAUAAUAUGCCGAUCUUCUAUCGGAAAUUAGUUGCUCUUAUUCAUAUUGAUAUACAAAUGGUUCAUUUAUGUAUAAGGUAGCAAUCAAAAUUUUUGCAAAUAAUUCAACUUGCUGUGUUCAAAGUAUUUAUGUAUAAUAAUAAUAUUUAUGCGUUAACCAACGAUUCAGCUGUACAAAAUAGACCCCUAAAAAGAUAGCACCAAGCUAAUGAUUCUGAAAUACCUACAAACAUACACAAAUAUUAAAAAAAAAAAAAAAACAAGACUUAAAAUUUGCUCGCACAUUUACUCAAUCUGCAAUUGCGUACACGAGUGCUUAACUGAAACGGUCUUCAACAUCAUAUAUAUCUUUAAAAUCUAAUUUAAACACUUUUCUCAACUGUAAAUAGACUACAUUUAAUAAAUAAAUAAAUAUAUAGAAUAUUUAAAUAGGGUAUGUACUAUAAGCCACGUAGGAUGUAGCAAUACUGUCAAUAAAAUAUCAAAUGAAUUUCUCAA